AGAAAGUAGAUAGUUGAUCUAAAGUAACACUGGUUAUAUCUCAUUAUUCUGCGGUGGAGAAGCUAUUGGGCCGACAAGUGCCAUAAUAUAUUUUUUUGACAAAGCUAUUCCUAUUCUCUCAUCCAAUGUGAUCUAAUACAUGCAUCACUCUAUGAAAUAGCUGUACACCGCGUUAAUUCAAUAUGUUGCCCACAGCACAGUCUUAUGGGUUGCUUCGAAAUUCGAGGCAAACGGCAAAACCAGUCACCAGUUCACGAACGGCUUCUUUUAACGAGCUGGUUAAGAAACGCAAUUGCAGAAAUAACAGAGUGUCGCGUAAGCACAGCUUCAAGGUAGACCAGAGAACCAGAAGGGCAGAAAGAUUUCCUAUGGGGUUUGUUUUUGUGAAAAACACUUUGAUAAUUUCUCGGCAUAUUGGAAGAGCGCUGAAGUCCGAGUGUUUUAUGCGCCUGGGUCUAGAGAAUGAGAGAAAGCUAUUAUCCGUACUCAUGAGAGUAUAUAAUCAAAGGAAGAUUGUCUCUGUUGCCUCUGGAAGAUCAGGAUUCUCAAAAAUUCUAUGUGACCUAUCGAUCCGAAAAGCGAAGGAGUAUAUGGUGCAGAAAUCAAAACUCCUGCACUGAUCUCUUACUUUGUAUUGAAAUGAACGAGAAUCGGCAGCAAGCAUAUACAAACAAACAAUUGUGCAACAGCAAUAGCACCGGCAGUUGUCAAUAGUAUUGUACGUGAAAUAUAGAUUAGUUGGACAUAGAUAAAAAAAUCAAUAAGCGUACAUAUUUACAUAAAUUGAAGACACCAAAAACCUAAACACCACACACAAUGAGAGAUCUUAGAUAUCAGUCCAAGGAUAGAUGGUGCUUUAGUUACUGGCUCAACUAAUAUACAACCAAGCGCAAUAAUUAGUGUAGCAAAGUGUGGAUAUUUUCUUGCAACCCAAAGAAGUCUUGUAUUAGGUCGGAUGAACCCCACAAUGAUGUUUGCCAAUUUUGUCGAAUAUAAAAUUUGAAUAACAUUUUAUACAACCGGAGUAGCUAAUACGUACAAUUUGUUUUGGGUUGGUGAUGGGCAAAUAGCAACGUCGGCAGCUGAUCAGAUGCAAAAUGUUGCUUUAUCCUGAUCACCGGUAUUAAAGACAAACGUUCAGGCGAAUCUCGAUCUUCGUGCUUGUGUGCGGAGGCUUGAUGAUAUAAUAUUUGCAGCUUUAGGACUGUAGCACUUAUUUCUGUGUGUAAAACCUUGCUUGACCUCAAAGUCGGCUUUAAUUCGUGCAAUCUUUCUGUUCUGCCCCAUCGAUCACCAUCUCUGUUCGAACUUUGGCUAGUGCGUCUUCAAUAAGCUCGAUAUAAUCAUUAGUCAGUGACGAUACUCGCGCAAGUAUCAAAGCACGCUUUAAGCUAUUUUCAGCCUUACUCCACCGCUUUGCC